CUUUCAAGUUACUGCUGCAAGUUCUCAAUAGUAUGUCAUCACCGCCGGCAAUGCCCAUCUACAACCGCUACCCGGCAUUGAAUGGCUACCCUCAGAUGAACGGUGUCGACCCAGGUGAACCAAUCGAUUGUAGAAAACUGCAAUCGCACCGCAGGAACAGCACUGACACAGGAACAAUGGACCAGCAGUAUUGCUUACGCUGGAACAACCAUCAGUCCAACCUGACGACCGUGCUCAGAACCCUGCUGGAGGACGAGAAACUGUGUGAUGUCACGCUCGCCUGCGAUAAUGGAAUCGUCAAAGCACAUCAGGCGAUACUGUCGGCGUGCAGUCCGUACUUUGAGCAGAUCUUCGUCGAGAACAAACACCCGCAUCCGAUCAUCUACCUGCGCGACGUCGAGGUCAGCGAGAUGCGCGCCCUGCUCAACUUCAUGUACCAGGGCGAGGUGAACGUCGGUCAGCACAACCUGCAGAACUUCCUCAAGACGGCGGAGAGCUUAAAAGUACGAGGUCUCACCGAGAGCAACGCCGACCGGUACGCCACAGAAGCGGAAAAAAGUCGAACCGAGCGGUCGAGAGUUGAUUCGCGAGAUGGACGUGACUCGGCACCGCCCCCGGCCAGUGUCACCAACAACAACAACACCAUCAACAGUAACAACAACAACAACAGUACUAAUAACAACAACAACAAUACUCUCCACCAUCCGCUGCAGCGGGACAAAGAACUUCGCGAACGGGAAGAGCUGAGGGAGCGGGAAAGGCGGGAAGUCCAUCGGGAGCUGCAGAGAGAGCGGGAACUGCAGGCGCGGGAACACCAGCGCAGUGCCAGUGCCGAUCUGCUCACGCCGAUGACCGACGACUGCCGGUACUCGCCCUCGGACGACCGAGACUUGAACGUAGACAGUAAGAAGAAGCGGAAAAUAUCCACCUGUGAUAACUCGUUGCCCUCGACGCCGACCCUGAUGAACGACCGGCCGGGUGGAUACGAAUCGCAGGCGUCAUCACACAGUAGUAUCAAGCUAAGUCCAAAGCCAGACGAUGAGUUCAAAGUCAGCUCACCGGCCCCGAUGCAUUCGCUCGCCAGUCAGAUCAAACAGGAGUACUCCGACCUGCCCAGCCGCCAUCACCCGCUGCAUCCAGAGCUAUUGCCGCCCCUCAAGAUGUCCAUGUAUCCGGAGGAGAUGUCCAGCUUGCUGACACCCUCCAGUCCGGGAAACGAUCACCCACCUCCGCCACCGAUACACCACUCAUCACACCACCACCCGCAUCAUCUCAACCAUAUCCGUUACAAGUCGAAGCAUCCCAUGCCAAUGAACCUCAACCCGGAGGAGAUGAGCAACAUGCUAUCGCAGGGCAACAUGCCUCCGCUGAACGACAGUGGCGAUAACGAGGGCUCCCUCUCGCAUCCCGACCACCCGGACAACAUCGACGGGCCGGGGGGAGGACAGUAUGAGCACCAUUUGUCCCGUCACGCCAGCAGCAUUCUCACGUCCUGUCUCGUAACGUCGCCCGACGGACCCAGCGGAGGCGGCGGAGGCGGUGGCGCUGGUGAUCUGUCCCUGCAUCCGCACUUUCCGCCGCACCACCAGAUGUCCUAUCACAACAUGUUCACCCCCUCGCGGGAACCGGGCACGGCCUGGCGGUGCCGAUCGUGCGGCAAGGAGGUCACCAACCGCUGGCAUCACUUCCACUCGCACACCCCGCAGCGAUCCGUGUGCCCGUACUGUCCAGCGUCCUACAGCCGAAUAGACACGCUCCGGUCGCAUCUCCGGUCGAAGCACGCCGACCGGCUGACGGCACCCCCCACACCCAAGUUCGGCACGUCGCCAAACUGCAAAAUGCAGAUGUAAAACCUUCAGAUCAUCCGGAUUACUACAGGGAACAAGGCGACACCUACCGACCAGCGCGCAAGACUACGUGCAGCCUAGUGCAGUGACUGGCACGCCUGCGGAAACACGCACGCGUCCGUUGGUUCACACAUAAACACACACACAGUAAACACUACGUAAAUGUUCGACGUCAGCUACAUUAAUCAGGAAAAGAGCAAAGAAGAAAAAAACAAAAAAAGAAGAUGUAAAUCGCCGUAUCGUUUAAAUGUCCAACCGUGGAGCCUAGCUUAACGAUGCCAUAAGAAAUUAUUAUUUCCAAGUCAAGUUCCUAAUUAAGGCUUUUAGUUGUAAAACAAAAACAAAAAAAAACAAACAAACGAAUAUCUAAGAAGACACGCUGUGCUGUUCGGACCGCGGCCCGGAUACCGGAGGCCGCCGACCACUCACUCCCCCCUCCUCGUUGGUUAAUGUUUGUUGUGUUACCAAAUACCCCCCCAGAGCUGUGAGCGCGGUAAGUCAUAAUCUGCAAACUACCUUCCUAGCUAUAGGGAACCAGAGCAGAAGCAGUCAGCAAGCAGAGAAGCAUUGUGUGACGUAAAAAACUCAAAAACAAAAACAAAAUGCCUAAAGUGAUAAAUGUUCGAAAAUUGUAUCCUAAAAAAGAACACUGUUGAACGGUAAAAUAUUAAAAAUUCUUUCAGAAUCGUACAGCAUGAAAAUUGACCGGAAAACGGCAGUUUUUUUUCUGAAUUAUCCUCAGGACGUAACACUUGAAACCAUAUUAGUUCUACUUCAACCACGCAUUCUUUCAUUUUGAUUUCAUUAUUCUUUUUUUGUUUCCAUCUUUUCCAAGAGUUAGAGAGAGAGGUUUGUAUCGAGCGGCAGAAAGUCUAUACCUUGAACAUUCUUAACACUUUGAUCAAGAUUAUAUGAAACCAUUAACACAACUUCGAUAAAAUCUCGGAUUCACCUGAUGUCGAAUUCCAGUAAUAGAAAGUAGCGUGCAAUACGCAUUUGAAAUGGGAGUUUAUUUUGCAUUUUGCUCAUUGGAGUUUCAGAUUCUUCUAGAACCACAUAGCUGAUGAUUCAUAACUAUAGACUAGGAUGUGCCGGAAAGUUUUGUCAAAGACCGCAAAGUGAUCAGAGCCUUGUGAAAAAGUUAUAUCUUAUAAGGCUCUCUAUAGCGACUCAUCGCGAUGGGGCCAGUGUUGGUAAACUCACACUCAAAGCGCACUCAUGAGCCGCUCCUGCGUGAGCAAACUCGCGCGCGAUUCUGAAUCAUUUUCUCACGCGCGAGAUUUUCAUGCAAAAUCUCGCUCUCACGAGUCAAGCGCCGAAAUCUCGUUCGCUUGUAAAACGAAUCCAAAUUAAUUUAAACGGCUUUCAAUGUUGUUGUAUGCUAGAUUUGCUUUUGUUCUAUCAUACAAUCCUAAAAACUUCGGUGUAAACAAUAAGAACACCAAGAAAUAAAGCAAUGAGUAAAAUCACGAGUCAACUCAUGCAUGAUUUUUUCGGCGGUGAGUUUGGCGAGUCAAGAAUCGCGCGUGAAGCAACUAAACCAUGAGAUUUGAGAAUUUGAGUUUUUACCAACACUGGAUGGGGCAUCUAAAAGUGUAAACACAAUGUUAGCGUCACUUAACCCUCGAGUAGCCGCGUUUUCGGCCACCCUCAGCAACGCCACAAUCACGCUGUGUACCACAAGUGUUCUUUUUUUUUAUGGUGCGUGUACUCACUACACGAUGCGACCGCUCCCGGGAUAACGAAGUUACGUCAAGUGACAUCAUUUUCUAACAAAUUCCAUUGUAUUCAACUGUCACCCCGUUCAUCGAAUUUCAAAAAAUCAUGGUAAAAUCAGCUUAUGCCAUCUGUCUCAUGGAUUGCCUCAUUCUCUACGGAACGCCUAAGGGUGUUUUGCAUUUUACAUGUUAAAGCAGUGAUCACCACACUGCGGCCCACAACUAAGUUUUGUGCGGCCCUCGAAAAAUAAUAGGGGGAUUCACUGAUCACAGCGUAAAUCGCUGACUAAUUGUUAUGUGUCCGACAAACUUUUUGCUUUUUUCUACAUCGUGCAUUUUAAAUGGGCGCUGGGAACCGGGGUACCCUGUCGGCCACAUAAGGGUUAAAGGAUAUUCUGCUUAAACGUCGCAAUCACCAAGGCAAUCUUCGAUUUUUCAAAGAGCAGAAAAUCAUGGCUUACGCAGCAGUUUGAACUGUUUAGUGAGUCCCCUUAAUGUUUCUCCAUGCUUUAUAAUUGAGGGGGUUAGAAGCAAAGAGGUGUAAGUGACAAAAAUCCUUUCGAGGAAAUUAGUUUGAAAGCUUUUCAUCAAAUUUACAUCCCAUACAAAAUGUAUGGAGUUAAGAAAUCACCCAAUUUUCUCCGAUUUAUUAUAUUGUUUAGUAUAAUCAUAAACAUAAUCUUAAAAAAAGUUCCUGAAAGCUUGAAAUCUGAAGAAUGUUUUGAUAUACUCAGCUCCAAAUCGACAAAAUGGUCACUUGGGCCCCUUUGUAUUCAAAGUUUUAAACUUUGUUUUAAAGUUAUUUUUUCAAAAUCUUUGCUUUUUCACAAAUUUCAUCUCUCAAUUUGCCAAUUAGCAACAUUUCGUGCCUUCUAAUUACAAGUUUUUCCAGUAUGUUUCAGACAUACCAGCUAACCUGGUAAAAUGCCAGUAAAAUGGGCAAUAUGUAUCAUUGUACCCUUGCUUUUGGAGUCCAUUUUAUAGGGUUUGCCCUGGGCCCCCAGCAGUCCAAAUCCGGCAUUGACCCUAUACAUAUAUGAAACAUGCAUAGCUUCGACUGCGUGUGUACUUGGGUUAACCAUAUUUGAUAGGGUGCGGGCACCGGUUUUGGCCAGUCUCAGAGAAAUCAUUUUUAUAAAAAUAACCAAUAAUCCUAUGGAAACAACCAAUGCUCAAAUGGAAGGUUUAUAUCUAUACUUUAUAAGAAAAAUGGAGAAAUCAAGCUAAUACACUAAAUUCUGUUUUACGCGAUUUUUUGUUCCGCGUAAAAAAAAUCGUGUAAAAAAAGUUUUCAAGACUUUUUUUAUCGGAUCAUCCUAAAAUUUUGACAGGGUAUCAAGGAUGAUAAGAGAGAUCUCUGGUAGAAAUUUGAGCCCCAUCGGAAGUAAAUUGCGACCAGGAGAGAAGAAUCUUUCCAAAAACUCAUCGCGUAAUUUCGAGAAAAUCGUGUAAAAAAAUCGUGUAAAAUAAAACCGCGUAAAAAAAGAUCGUGUAAAAAAAGAAUUUAGUGUACUUGAUUUUUGUAUUAAAAGUGGCACUGGCCAAGAUAGAAGCACUGCCGCAGUUUUGGCCAUAUUCUCAACUUAGGUUUCUAUUUUGGCCAAUCACGUGUAUUUCUUAUGGGAGUGUCCAAAUUAGAAGCACCCUGGCCAAAAUAGACAUAUGGGAGUGGAUUUUUUAAGGAAAUUUUUUUUUCUUCUAGUUUUUAGUCAAAAUGUAUGCUUUUGACAGCUUUAAUCAUCAUAUUGCAUUAGAAUCUACUAACAAAAAAUAAAUUUAUGCCGAUUUAGAUCGUAACAGGCUGAAUACCGCACUAUGGCCAAAACUCCGGGCUGGCCAAAACUGAAACUUCUACCCUAUUUGCAUAAGAAUGAUUAUUAACAAGUGAAGUACAGUGCAUUUCUGGUAUACUUUUUAAAAACUUCAAUUAUUCAGUAUAGAAAACUCUGAAGUUUGAUCGUCUCAAAAGUAUGAUUGAUUAUGAAUUUUCUCAAAAUACUGAGUAACACCCACAGACAAACAGACGUAACACUUUCAACAUGUCUCAAUGCAAAUUAUGUCACGAAAACAUGUUCACUGGAUGGCUGUCCAACUAUCAAGUUUUCAAAUCAACAGUUGAAUCGGCGUACGUUGAGAAUUGUUAGAGUGUUACUUCUGUUUGUCUGUGAUAUGUACAUUAAUUUUGAGACGAUUUGUGAUACUUUGUGAUACAAGCUGUAGAAAACUUCAAUUAUCCGGGAUAUAUUACAAUUUGUACGAGAUGGUGACAGUUUUCUAGCUUCUUAAAUAUUGUUUCGAAAUCCGGCAUCAUCAUUUCAAAAGAAAGUAACAGCUUUUGCAAGCAAUGCCUUCUCACAAAACUGUAGAUCAUCUCACCCGAGCAAUUAACCAGCACAAAUAGAAAGACAAAUCCCUCCUGUUUCUUUUAAUGGAUGUGAAUUGCGCGAGACGACUGAAAUACUAUCCACAGCUGUGUGAGAAGGCAUUAUUGGUUGCAAAAGCAGUUACACCAUUUUGAAAUGUUGGUCCCGAAAAAUUCAAAACUGUUCUCAGUCCAAAAAAUUAAAAAAAAAAUCUUUAUAAACAUUGAUCUUUUUAAUGUUCUUAUCUUGAACUAGCUGUCCCGGCAAACGUUGUGUUGCCAUUUGUGGCUGUGGUGGUUUGACAACUUUUGGGUUCAUUGCAGCACGGCACUCUAGAUCGGUUUUAUUGCGAUCGUGUUUAUUUUCUUUUCAAAUUUCGGAUGUUUCACAUUUUCUCUAUAUUUAAAUUGAUUUUCAUAACUUUUUAUACAUAUAAACACAGCCACCAUAAAUACAAAUCAAUCCAUGUAAGAGUCAUCAUGAUUGGUUCAGCCGUUCUUGAGGUUUGUUGCCUCAAAGGGACUUCAAACUCAUUUUUAUAUAUAUAGAUGGGCCGCUGUAAAAAGUAACAUUGAGUCAGAUUUUGAAGACAUUAGCCCCCCCCCCCCCCUCCCCCCCUACGACGUUCAAGUUGGCGCCUAUAAAACCAAGAUAAUUUCACUUUGGUUUUAUGAAUGUGUGAAACACCUCCUCAAAUCGAUUUGAUAUAAGGUAUGGUAAAAUAAAGCUUUUGAGUAUUACCUUCAUAAGAAAUUAAACAAAAUAGUAAGAUUUCCAAAGAGUUUUUCGGAUUUUUUUUUUGGGUUUUGUAAAACCCAAAAAAUAUCCAGGCACCUACGAAACUGAAAUCAUCAUAUCGCCGGUUUCCUACAAUAGGGGUACAACUGAAAAAAAUGUGAAUUUUUAGAAUAAGCGCUUGAAAAUUGGGAAUCUUGAAGCACAUACUGUUAGUUCACGUAUUUAACUCAUGAUUUGAAAAAUCGAAAUUUCGAACGAAUUUUGACGGGUUUGCCUUUUUUGUACACCGAAGUGCGUUGAAAGGCUAUAUGUUCACUCAAAAAACGAAUUUUCGAAAGAAGGCUCAGAGGGUCAAGUCACAUAUACCAAUCAACUCAGUUCCACGAAUUGAAAUGAUGUCUGUAUGUGUGUAUGUAUGUAUGUCUGUGCGCAGAAAAAGUUCACUCAUUUUUCGGAUUAUAGCUCGAAUCGAAUCGGAAUUUUACCGCAUUGUUUGCUAUCAAAAUUGAUUCGGAUCGGUCGAGGCGUUCAGGAGUUAUGACCAUUUCAGUGAUCCGGACCAACACCGGUGGAACUGGCCGUAAAUGAAACUGAACCAAGACCCAUCAUGCGACACCCCAAACUGCGGCGAAUUUUGUAACCUUUAGCAUGGUUGACGAAUUUAGAGCGAAAAUGUUCACUGGAGACCAGAAAAUUCACGAUAUCGGCCCAAAAUUCAAGAUGGCGGUUGUUCAAUAGAGUUUUAGGCUCUAAAACCAUGCAAUAUGAGUAUACAUAUAUGGUAUGAAGAAGAUGUCCGGAGUCUAAGAUGGCGGUAUAAAAUCCAAGAUGGCGGCUUCAAACUCAAGAUGGCGACUGUUUAAUUGAGUUUUAGGCAAAGAUGGAAACACUCACUUGCAGAGAGUUACACUCACUUGAUGAUUUCUCAGCUCAGAAGCGUGCAAUCAAGAAAUGAUUUAUGGACGACUUUUGCCUUGUGGUUUUGUCUAAAAGUUUGCCGAAUAGAGUAGGGGUCGCACACCCAUACCGAAGCCGUGAAGGAACUGCGAAGGCUACUCUCCACGAGGUGAAUGUAAAUUACACUCACCUCGUGGAGAGUCGCUUUCACAACUUUGAUAUGCGUGUGCGACCCCUACUCUGUUCGGCAAACUUUUAGACAAAACCACAAGGCAAAAGUCGUCCAUACAUCAUUUCUUGAUUGCACGCUUCUGAGCUGAGAAAACAUCAAGUGAGUGUAACUCUCUGCAAGUGAGUGUUCCCAUCCCUGGUUUUAGGACCUGAAACCAUGCAAUAUGGGUACCGUCAAACGGGGUUACUUGCAACAGCGGUGUAACUUGCAACACGAUGACAUACAUUAAAUGUGAACUAUUUUCACAUAAUAAUGAAAGCUAGUAUGCCCCACCAUUUCGGUUAUCAAAAUUAUGUGUACCGAAGAUCGUUUUAGUGGAAAAAAUAAUUUUGUUUCUUUGUUUAUUGUUUGACUACACUGUUAAAACGAUUUGCUCAUUUUAUGCCAUAAAAACAAGUAUGAAAAUCGUGCUUUACCUCUCUCCUAUAGUAAGUGCGAUAAGUUUGAUGACCUUUCUUGCAGUUAGGGUACAUAAUAGUAAGCUUAGCUAAACGAUAAAAGUUUGAUAAAGUUAUCGACUAAGUAAUGUAAAAAAUCAUUAUCAUAUGCGACGACCACUAUGGGGUAACUUGCAACAGUUGAAAUUAACAAAACUUUCUAUAAUUUAUUUUCAUUUUACGAUAUUUCAAGUAGAAAUAAUUGAAAUGGAUCAUUCAAUAAUUACGUAUCGUGCUUAUUUUCAAAUGUCGACUCAAAUUUAUCUUUAUUUGUACGUAACCUUCAAACAAAGAUAAGGACUUCCAUAUUUUGAAAUUUUAUCAUGUUUCACCUCGAUUAAAGUUUAAUUUAGUUUAUGGACGAUCUUAAAACAAUCACCAACAACCAUUCUGAACCUAAUAGAGUAAAUUAUUGCACUAGAAUGCCCCAAUUUAAUAUUUAGAAAGUUGAAUGAGUGUUUAAAUCAUGUUAUUUUAGCUAAGUAGCCAUACACUACUUCGAACUGAAAAUUACCUAAAGAUGAAUAACUUAACCUUUUCAGCAAAUUACAUUAAGCAUUGUUGACAUAUUGUAACUAGUACUGAGUCAUGAGCUCCACAUAUAUUUAAUAUUUGUGAGACGUAAAACCUGCAGUGAAACCAUAUAUCCUCGCUUAUAAUAACUAUCAACCCUUUAAUUAAAAAAAAUCAUAUUUCAGUUGGUUAGUGUAUAUCUUUUCAAACCAUUUCCCACGCUUCACAUCAAAAACUUAUAAUAUAAACAAGAACUAGAAUGUAAGAGCAGUUUAAUGGUAGCUAACUUAGCUUCAUGUCAUGUGUUGCAAGUUACCCCACAGAUGGGGUAACUUGCAACAAGCAUGUAUUUUGCACCUCCUGAUUAGGUGGCAACGUAUUCUGGUAAAUCAAUUGCUGCAUAGUAUUCUAUUCGUGGUAAUUAGUGUACACGAUGCUUUACAGUAUGUUCCAUAUGUUUAGAUUUUCAAUGAUAUUGCUUCAAAGUCGAAAAGUGUUGCAAGUUACCCCAUUUGACGGUAUAUUUGAUAUGGAGAAGAAGUCUGAACUCCAAAAAUGGCAACCAGAAUAUCCAAGAUGGCGGUCCAAAAUCCAAGAUGGCAGCUCAAAAUUCAAAAUGGCUUCUGUUUAAUGGAGUUUUAGGCUCUAAAACCAUGCAAUAUGGGUGUAUCUGGUAUUGGGAAGAAGUCUGGAGUCCAAAAAUGACAAAUAAAAUAUCCAAGAUGGUGACCAAAAUUUCCAAGAUGGUGUCUCAAAAUUCAAAACGGUGACUGUUUAAUGGAGUUUAAGGCUCUAAAACCAUUCAAUAUGGGUGUAUCUGGUAUGGGGAACAAGUCUUUUUUUAUCCGUAUUAACAAGAUGUUUAGUAGUGUGACUAUACAACGUUGUAACGUCACGCUACUCAUUCCCAUUUUCAACAUACUUUCCAAUGAAAACUGUUCAACAGAUCAUAGCUUUUGGAAAUUUUAUAAGGAAUCUGAAUAUGUAAAAAUAUUUAAGGGUUUACGGUCGAAUUUACAAGUUAUAAUGGAAAAUGUGAAGAAAAGGCGUCAAAACGUUGUUACGUCACGGUAGAAUGUGUCAAAUAACAUCCUUCUACAAAGUUUUCAAUCGAACUUUUUAAUGCCAACGCCUUCCAUUAGUUUUGCAUGCAGAAAAAGUUCGACCGUUGAGCGAAGUUUCAAACCAAGAAUAAUUUUAAUUUUAAUUGGAAUUCAUCUAGUAAUUCUUCGAUAUAUUCAAGACGGACACCUUAACAUUUUGCUUCGAACUGUACCAAGCAUAACAAGCAGGUUCAAAAUUUUGUAUCUAGUUACAAUUGCAAUUUCUAACAGAUACGUUUAACUUUCUUCCCUUAUCUUGUAGAUUGUUGUCUGUGCUCAAUUUUUAAAAUUUAUAUUAAUCGUAGACUUGGACUAGGCCUCCCGCGUCCCACCUAGAGGAUUAUGUCAAAAAGCUCUAUUUCUGCGAUUUGUUAAUCAUUUUGGAAAAAAGCGCUUUUUCAGUUUUAAAAAAUUCGCCAUUCUCAAGUGAGUCUUUAUAACCUUUGUCAAUUCGACACGUUUUUUUUUUUUAAUUUUAUCAGUUAAGCUCCAUAAAAAGGUCCCAUGAAGUGCUGUAUUAGAAUAUAGGCUCAGUGUACCAGUUAUGGCUACAGUACCUCAAAUUCGUUAUAGCUGAUUUUUAACCUUUAACGAUGCAAAUCAACAAGAAAAUUUUUGUGAACGUAAUCCACAAAAGAUGGUUGCAAUGAUUCAAACUUCACAAUUUGUUCAAAUUAUGAUAGAAAGAAAUCAUUAUCCUUAAUUUUUCGGCUUCCUUGCACCCUAUUUCGUCAUAGUGUACCAGUUAUGGCUAAUUACAUAAGGAAUGCAUGUAAAUAGUGCGUAGUGGUACCGAAAUAAUAAAACAUGUCCAUAACUCGUACAGGGUUCCUAUCAUUGGCACACGCCGUAAAAAUACUAAAAGUAGUUUUGGCUCCGAUUUUAUAUUUUUCUUGUAAAGUAUGGAAACGAAUCAAUCAUUUGAUAUAUCGAUGACAUUCGUCGGUCUUCUUCUAUUUUUUGUUGAAAUAGUUUUCCUUAGGUAGUCCGAUAACUGGUACAGGCACCCUAAUAAAAUUAAAUUUCCCAUGUGAAUCCCUAAACAUUGAAGUACUCCAUCCUUCCACUAAGCUUCCUGAAUACCCACAAGUGUCCCAAAAUCGCAGAAAAAUACCGCAUUCGAUCGUUAUCCACCACUGAUUGAUUUAAUUCGCUUAAUUUGACACGAAAUCAGCCGCAAAAAUCUCAUUAUUACCGAUCAAAUAAACACUACUCGCCGCUUCACCAGUAAUGUACGUACAGUUGCAGUUUUCGACUGGAGAAAAAACGCAGAAAAAUAUCCUUUCCCAAAUUGAUACACCAACCACUCUGGCCUGCGAUGAUGGGAUGGAAUCGCUUAUGCGUAUGAGUAUCCCCACGGUCCACCCCCAACCCCUUGGAAAAUAAUAACGUAAAUCUCGGGGCACUUUCCCUCCCCUAGGGAAUGACCACCAUCAGCCAUCGUCUAUCGGUUGUCUGGUCAUCCUCUUCCACCACCCUCAUGCUCGCUGUCACACAUACACGCACAGUUGUUCCCAUCACACUAUAAUGAUGUUGGCCAUUCGCGAAUUUUUAAUUCACCUCUCACCAACUUGGAUUAAGGCUACGCUUGCGUAGCCAAAACGAACGAGCGAAUAAUUACCCAUCCGCUGGGCAGUGCUGCAAAAUGUCAUUCACCGGAUGCACAACGAUCACGCUUAUAAUAGUCGUUCUUAACUAGAUCGGAUGUUUUAAUGCAUUUUCCAAAAAUCUAAUAUACUGCAAAAAAGAAAAAAAAAUCAAUAAAAAAUCCAAAUUGAGCCUUGGUCUGAAUUUUUUAUUUCAAAUUGUAUCAAAACAACUAAAUAUUCUGAAUUUGUAUGCAAAACAGAGCUGGAACCUAUUUUUUUUAAUAUUUGGUGGCCCCGGCCACCAAGUGUUUGAAAAAACAAUCUUAAAGUUUGCAUGACAGUAGUGAAUUGUUAAACCACCCCUCGGUAAAUUUCGCUCUGAUCGAGUUUUCAAAAAAUUGGGCAACUGCCAAAAUGUUUAAUACAAAAAUCAUACGUAAUUUGUUUUGAGAUAUUCAACAAAGUUAAAUACUUGUAAAAAUCAUACUUUUUUACAAAAAAAAAUGAAAAAUAAACUUUUUUUAAAUCUGGAAACAAAAGCAAAGUUUUAAAAAAGUUCAUUGUUAGAUGCAGUGAAUGAAAAAAAACUUGUUGAAGUCCAAAAACAAAUUGAACCAAAAAGCGAUUUUUACCAACAUUAUUUAUUGAUGCCAACCUACCAAUCAUCAACUGGUUAGCACUAUGUAGAAGCGCUUCUGCAAAAAAAAAAAUAAUCGAAGCGACCCACAAGCCCCGGAAUCCGAUCGGGACUUCUGAUGGAUGGCUUUUCUUCUGCCCAAAUUUGUUUUAAUUUCUCGAAUUUGCUCACUGCGUGCGUGCGUGGGUGGGUGUGGAAAAGGUCAUUUUAUCUCGUUGUCGAAAAAAUUACAUUUCCGGUUUCUCCGUUUCGUGUUUUUUUUUUCUUUCCUCUCGCGCUCUCCGAAAUCCAUUCGGACCUUUCCCCGAGGAUGGGCCACGCGCUGGCCAUUCCCAAACCGGAUUCCGAUGCCAAUGACGACGACGACAACAACGACUUUUGGUUAAUAUAUUCGUGAAUUUUAAUUUACUGUUUUUGGGCAGGACAAUGUUCGGGGGUUUUCCCAGGUUUUUUGUUUCGGGUCGAGGAAUCGGCCCCCCUUUGUAGUGCGUGGUCUGGGACCGAUAAUUUUUACAAUAUUAUUGAAAUUUAUUGAUAUUGAGUGGGGGGUAGGAAUGGAGAGGAGAAGAUUUUACGCAUUUGCAUUUAUCCUGAUUUUGUGAUUAAUGUCACUUGGAAUUUUGUUGUUAUUUUGUAUGUUUGGAAGGAGGGAAACGGGAUGAAUAAUUGCGGCAAAAUUAGCAAAGUUGAGGUUUUCAGCUCUAUUACUUUACAGCUUAUAGUUUUUUGAUAUCAUGAAUAUCUGGAUAGGUCUGAUAUGCAUGCUGUUAUCUAAAAGAAAUCAACAAAAAGUGUCCCAAAAUGUUUAACAUGUCUUUGAAAACCCCAAUGAUAUAGGGAGGAAAUCUUCUUCCUCAUAUGCGUUAAUUUCCGCCAUAUCAGUCGAUAGUUACAGAUAUUCAAACUGACCUUUGCCAAUGGCUCAUAAUAUGGAAGCAAAAAUAUGUAUACUAUCAAUUAUCACCCUCCAUAGCACUGAAACCGAAUAAUUACGCAAAUUUUCACGUUUCAAUUUUACCUCACUUACGACUUCACAAUUUAUCUCGUUUUGGGUAUGACGAAGGCAACCGCACCAAAGAAGCAGCUAGAGGAAUUGUUCUGCUUAACCUGGUUUCAUCCAGAGAUUCUUCCCGGGAUUAUUUUAGGGACUUCUUUUUAAAUUGCUUCAUUGAUUCCUCCCUGGGUUCUUUCAGGGAUUCUUAAAAAAUCCCAGGGAUUCUUUCAGAAAUUCCUUCAAAGAUUCCUUCAGAGAUUACUCCUGGGUUUCCUUCUAGAACUUUUUCCGAGAUUCCUCCAGAGAUUCUUCCCGGGAUUAUUUCAGGAAUCCUUAAAUGCACCGCACUGGGUGAGCUGCAAGAAUGAAAUCGAUUAUUAUCGGUCAACAAAUUUGAACAAUUUCGUAUACUGUUUACUUGUUUGCAGGAACACCGAUAAAUUCAAAAUUUUGCUGCUUUCUGUAGCGUAUUUUUAGUUUCUGGAAAGGGUGUAUAAGAAACAAAAAACGAAUUUGCUGAUGUCGGAAAUUGCCUGAAACGAUAUCUACGAAAAUGUUUCAGGAUAUUUCAAGUCCAGAGCAAUUAAUUCAUUCUUCCAGAGAAUCCUUUAGAGAUUUCUCCCGGUCACUCAUAAAAAAACCUGAGAUUCAGAAAUUUCUUCCAGGUUUUCUGAAUCCUCCGGCAAGGAUUGGCGGCAUGCACCGUGCGGUGCGAAAAAAGCGUGUGCUUCACACAAUCUCAAGUGCUUGUCUCCCGUUUUGCCGAGAGACAGAGACGUAUGAGUGAGAGCUUUCGUAAUUGCGCGAGAGACAAAUCGCAGCACUAGCUCUACGGCGCAGGGAGUAAUGCACGGUGCUUGAGACUGUGCUUGUCUCCAAACAGGAAAAAUCAUUUAAUACAUUAAUUGAAGAGUUUGUGUUUUCGGCAAAGUUGUUAAGCUUGUCAAGGGUUGACGAGUGAUGGGUCGUUUGAUUCGAAGUUUUCCCAAUCAUGCGUAGUAUCAAGUUAAGUGCAAAGCACGGAGACAAGCACCGAGAGAGUGCAUACGACAGAUCGUGAGAGACAGGAGAGCUCCAGCGCGCGGCAAAGUAAGCGAGCAACACACAACCGUUUACUCGUACUCGUCUCCUUCUGGUUUGUUGUGCUGUCUCGUAGCAGCGUGUGCGGCACGCAAAGAGUUUUGAGUCGCACCCUAUCCCUGUCCUCCGGGCAUUCUUGCAAAAUAUUUCUUCCGGCAUAUUUUCAGGGAUGCCUUCUGUGAUAUCUUAUGAGAUUUCUCCACGGAUUCUUUUCCCAAACUAACUUUAGAGAUUUCUCCUGGGAUUCCUCCCGGGAUUCCUCCCAGUAUUACCUUAAGGGAAUUUCAUUCCUUUCUGGAUAUCUCUCAAGAUUAUUCGAGGACUUUCUCGAGGAUUCUUUCAGAAUUCCCUCCCAAGUCCCGAUAUUCCGUCAUUUAUUCUUCUCGUAUUUCCUGUAGAGAUUUCUACAGGGAUUCCUGCCAAGGCUCACGGAUUGCAACCAAGAUUCUUCAAGGGGUUCCUUCUCUAUGGAUUCCUCCGAGGAUUUCUUCUAGGAUUCAUCCAGAGAUUCCUUCCGGGUUUAUUUCACGGGGUUCUUAAGCUAAUUUUCCCGAGGAAUUCUUUCAAGGACUCCUUCAAGGAGAAUCAUCACGGGAUUAUUUCAGGGAUUCCUCCCGGCUUUUCUUCAGGGAUUUUCCCCGGAGUUCCUUAUGGGAUUUUAAAGUAAAUUCUCCCAGGUUUUUUUUUAGGAAUUCCCACAGUGAUUCUUUUAGAAAUAACUUAGGAGAUUAUUCCUGGGAUUUCUUUCAGUAUUCAUUCAGGGACUUCUCCCGGGAAUAUUUCAAGGAUUCUUUCCGGAGUUCCUUCUGGGAUUUUAAGGAAAUUCUCCCACAUAUUCUCUUAGGGAUUCCUAUAGAGAUUCUUUGAAAAUACCUACAGAGAUUCUUUUAGGAAUACCAUUGGAGAUUACUCCUAGGAAUCCUUCCUAGAUUACUUCCAGGACUCCUUCAGAGAUUCCUCCCGGGAUUAUUUCAGGGAUUCCUAUCGGUAUUUCUUCACAGAUACCUCCCGUGAUUCUUUCAGGGAUUAUCUCUAUUGAUUUCUCCUGAUCUCCUGGAAUUCUUUCAGGGAUGGUUUAACCUUUCAGCAUACGCGCCUUUUUGAUCCUUAAAUGCACCACGCUCGCGCUGUAUACGAGAAGCGAGGUUUUCGAUUGUGUUGUGACACAUUCUACCGUUACGUUAUAACGUUUUGACACCGUUUUGGUCAGAUUUUCCACUAUAACCCAUGUAAAUCUCAAACAUUUUUGCACACUCGGAAUCCUUGUAAAAUUUGCAGUAUAUAUGAUCAGUUGAACAUAUAGUUUUCAUUGCAAAAGCUGGUUAAAAAUGAGAACGAGUAGCGUGACGUUACAACGUUGUAAUGUCACGCUCUUAAUUCACAUUUUGAACACACUUCACAAAUGGAAACUAACUGUUCAACAGAUCAUAUUGUUUUACAACGAAUCCGAACAUGCAAACAUAUUUGAGGUUUACCGUCGUAUUUACGAGUUAUAGUGGGAAAUCUUAUCAAAACGGCAUCGAAACGUUGUAACGUCACGGUAGAAUGUGUCUUGUACUUAUCAUAACGGCGCGCAUCCUGAAGGGUUAAAAAAAUUCUCCUAGGCUAUGGAUUCUUCCAGGAAUUCCAUCAGGGAUUCCUUUGACGAUUCUUUCGGACACUACUUCCGUUUUCUUCUCGGAUUAUUCCAGAGAGCCCUCGCGGUAUUCCUUCAAGAUUCCAUACAGGAUUCCUUUAGAGAUAUCUCCCGGAAUUACUGCAUGGAUUCCUUAUGGGAUUUUCUCACGAAUUUCUCCCGAAAUUCCUUGAGGGUUCUUUGAAGGAUUCUUUCAUGGAUUUUUUCCAAGUUUCCUCCCUGGAUUCUUUCUGAUAUUCCUCCCGGAAUUCCUUUGGGAAUUCCUCUCAGAAUUCCUAUAGGGAUUCCUCAGGAAUUUCUUCGAGGAUUCCUCACAAUGUUCCUUUAAGAAUUCCUCCCGAGAAUUUUUCAGGGAUUCCUUCCGAAAUCCCUUCAUUGAUUUCUCCAGGAAUUCUUUCAGAGAUGAGUCAUUCUUUCAGCACGUGCGCAUGUUUGAUCCUGAAACUGAACCGCAAUUGCGCUAUAUACGACGAGCGAGGUUUUUUGGUUGUGUUAUACCAAAAUAAAAAGUAUUAGGUUUUAUGACUGUCCCCAAAACCUCUACAAGGCUAAUAGGUCAUCAAGAUGUUACUUAGGCACUCAGGAUUUUCUCAUAGAUUUAUUCCAACAUUCUUUAAGGGAUUCCUUAAGGGAUUUCUAUAAGGAUUCGUUCAGAGAUUUCUCCCAGGUUUCUCCCAAGAAUUCUUUCAGGGAGUUCUUCCAGGGAAUGAUGCCGGGAUUUCUGCAUGGAUUCCUCCUGGGAUUCCUAUCGCGAUUUCUUGACAAAUCUUGACAGAUUCUUUGCGUAAUUCCUUCAAUAAUUCCUCUUUGGAAUAUUUCAGAAUUGUUUCAAAGAUUUUUCAAUGGAAUUGUUCCUGGGAUUCCUUCAGGGAUUCCGCAUCCUUAAAUGAUUCUUCCCGAAUUUCCUUCAGUUACUUCUCCUGGGAUUACUACAAGGUUUUCUCCUGGGAUUUUCUCAUGGAAUUCUCCCGAGAUUCUUUCAGGGAUCCGUCAAGAGUUUCCUAUAUGGAUUCCUACAGGGAUUCUCUCGGGGAUACCUUUCGGUAUUUCUUCAGAAAAUCCUGCAUGGAUUACUCUCGGGAAUCUUUCCGAGAUUCUUGAAGUGAUUCCUAACGAAAUUACUUCAAUAAUUCCUCCCGGAAAAUUUUAACAUACUCCAAAAUUCUUUCUGAAACUUCUAAAGGGAAUUAUUCCAGUGAUUCAUUGAGGGAUUCCUCCAAGAAUUCUUUCAAUUGGAUUCUUUCAGAGAUUUCUCCCUGGAUUCGUUAAUUUAAGGGAAUUCUUCAGGAAUUCCUGGACGAAUCCUCGUAAGAAUUUUCCUGGGACUCCUUUAGAGAUAUGUUCAAGGAUUUCUUCAGAGGUUUCUCUCUCAGUUCUUUGAGGUAUUACUUCCGAAAUUCUUCUUAUGGUUUCUCCUGGAAUUUUUCCUUUAGAAAAAAAACAGUAAACUUCAGAUUUCUUCGUGGACUGGAUUUCUGUAAAUUAUUUUCCUAGGACUCGAGCGAGGAUAACUCCUCGUAGGGUGAAGAGCAAUCUUUGAUAGUGUAGCAAGCCUUUUAUUAGGGUCAGAAAAAUAUGCUAAAAAGGACUUCUCAUGAAGUUUUUUUUACAAAUUUUCUGACGGAAUGCUCAGAACAAUCUGUGAGGAAUUUUUUUGAUCACUCAUUAGAAGAACUUUCAAUGACAUUUUGGAAAAUUCAAGUAUUCUUGACGUAUUUCUGUAGAAAUGUUGGGUUUCAUACACUUUCUGCAGUUUGUGGCGGUACUCUGGAAGGAGUUUUUGCUAAAUUUUUGAAAAACUGAUGGAAGAAAUUUUGGGUGCAUUUUUUUGUAAUAUAUAAUUUUUAAUAAUCCCAGAAUCUAUUUGUUAUUUUAUGAUAUAUUUCUAAAAAAUGUUUUGAAAUCUGAACUGUUUCCGAAAAAUUUGAGCAGAUUUUUUAUAAGAAACAUCCACAAAACAGAAAUACAAGCUGACGAAUCCAAAUUUCAAUUGCGAAAGGAUAUCUAGAUAUUCCGGUGCAAAUAUUUACGUUAAUUUAUGUUCUAAGUGGAAGACCCCAGACUUAUAUGAAUGUUACGUCAUUUACUGGAACAAUCCGUAUCCAGCCAUCCUAGCAAAUUACGGUAGAAUCACUUGGCAUAAUACGAAACCUCAUGAUGCAGGCGACUUACUCCGCCAAAGCUCCACUCCUCAAUGAGGCAUCAUCACACUGACAACCUCACCAUGCUGCUUGCUGUUAAUGAUGCUUUUUUAGGGGAAGGACAAGCAAAGGGCAUGUCACAAUCCUUUGUUUACACCCCACAACUAAGAGAUCUAAACUUUGAUGGAAUUCCGAUCAGUGAUGAGAAAUGACCCGGAAUGUCAUGACUCAUGAGGAAAAGUCCUGACAACAUUAUAUUCUAAAAGUUUAGCUCAAGGGUAACACCAAUCUCUAAUACUGGGUAGUUUAAUGGAAAAUUACUAAUAUUCUCGAUACUUCUUAUUUACGAGAAGCGUUAGUAUUUUCAUACACUUUCACGACUUUUUCAUACCUAGUUUCUAAACACAAAGUAUCACGUCAAUGUCAAUACUACUUAGUGGAUCAUUACCUUUAUUCAGCUACAGUUCUGCGGUUCCAACAACUGUACUAGAUUGGCCGGAUUUUCAAAUCAUCAAACAUAUUUUAUGUAGGUGUAAACAGUGUAAAUUUCUGUGACAUAUUAUGCGCUCAACUGGAUCGUGAGAAUUUGAAGAAGUUUAUAUUGUUCCUAUCUGUAUUAAUGAAAUUUUUAGCCCUAGGCUAGUCUGUCAUGGAACACACGUUUUAGUUCCCUUCCGAAGGAAGAACUUGCAUUUUUGUGAGUUUGCCGACAGUGAAAUUCGAUCCCAUGUAUUCAGCGUAAAAGACAUGCACUUUAGCCAUCACACCACGUUGGCUCCACAGAAGUUAACUUCUGUAAAUUUACACGACAUGGCAUUCUAACCUUAUACAGUAUCUGCUUGAUAACUGCCUGCUGUUUAGCUGGACUGCUUAUUAACUGGGCGCUCGAUUACUGAUCCACCACAGUCCAGUUGAAAAUCAGUUGACGGUCAAAAAUAAACGAAACAUAACCUCACAUUUAGCAAAUCGAUAAUCAUAACACAAUAUAACAAUAGCCUCUGGCCCCGGGAACAGUCCAGUUAUGGUAGACGUCAAAGCCCAAUCAUCGAGCGGAAGCUGUAUUAUUUACUCAAGGUGUUUUUCAUCGCCUUACGAUCCCGAAAGUAACCAUAAUAUCACACCAACAAAAAGUCACCAAGAUGUUGAGAAUUCACACGUAAGUAUUAAAAUGGGAAGCAAAAAAGCCUGAAUUCGUGUGACAUAUCACUUUCCUGGGUUUUCGAAUCUAUUCAAAAUUUACCAGCAAUACUUUUUAGGAGUAUCCAAUGUGACGAACAGAGUCUUUGUUCCGAAAGCCGAACCCUCUAAACUUUAUUUGGAAUCUAAGACAAAAGGUCGACAAGUACAUAUAAAUGAAGGAAGCCCAAAAGUCCUCCAAAGUUCAUUCGAAGAGCCCAGAACUUUUUUGAUGACAGAAACCCUCCCUCUAACUCUUGCUUGAUGAUUGGCUACCAUUUUUGGUUGAAAGUAGAACUAGUCCGAACCCGACAAACGGCAUAAUCGAAUAGAGUCACACUGAAGCUGUGAAAAAGUCUCUUCCACAAGUGCCAUAUGCAUAAGUGUAUAACAGUUAAAAAAAAAGAAAACUCAUACCCAAUGUGUGCAUAUACUCCUGUCUAAAAAAAAUAUGAAUCAGCGCACAAUAAAAGGUACGACCAACACUCGCGUCUACUCAAGGGAAAUUGUAGUCGAAGCAGGAUUACUUUACUUUUGUCAAAAUUUAACAAACUAAUAGCGCAGAUGCAAGACACCAAUGAUCUCCAGUUAUUAAAACUACACAUUAACUUUAUAGCAAAUCCUCCACCCCCUUUCGGUAGCCACUACCCACGAGAAAAUUCCUGAAAAAACGUGUUACCUAUAAAUCUAAGUUUAUUUUUUUUUGUUUGUUAUAUUUUAAUAACCCUAACCCCAGUGAAGAACAAGAAGCUGAUAGAGAAACAAACGUGCACACACAAACACAAACGAAACUUGAACAAUAAAGUUGCGCGGUUCUAGUGCGAAGUGAAACCUAGGAACUCGCACACACACAUAAACAAAAAACAAACAAUCACUCAAGAGAAGCAACACAACUAUACUGCGCGAACUAGAACGUAAGUUUUGUCAGGUUUAUAUUAUUGCGAUUAAGUUGUUCUCACCUCCUGAUUACACCGCGGCGGUAGCCGCACACAUAGUUUUACCUUUUUAUCUCAGAGAGUUUUGUUUUAGCACAUUUAUAGCACAAAUCAUUUCUUGUCGCAUAGCGCGCGCGGUUGUUUCUGUGGAAGAUUGAGUAACUGAAAACAAGCAGACCGCGGCGGAAGCGCAAGAAAUGAUGUAGGAAAGGAAAACUUCUUAAGCAAAACUAGUAAGGAAUCAAACAAACAUAAAAAAACAAGAACGGGUGCGUAGCUAUAAGGUUUUUUUUUUAUUACUCGUAGGCUUUAACAGAAAAGAUACCUUUUUUACCUUUUUAGCAGAUAAGUUCACAUGCAUCGCAAUUUCAGAGGAUAGUCACCUAAGUUUAGUAGGUUGUACAUAUUUUUGCUAGGCACAAUACCGCAACACAUGGAAAAUCAAAAUAUUUUUACUCACCUUUAGUAUUUUUUUUUUUAUUAUUAUUACUAGCUGUAGGUUGGAAAGACACAAAUAAAGCCACGCAAGCGUCCUUGAGACUUUA